CAGAGUUUUCAUUUGAAAAUCUGGUCUUCCCAAAAUGGAGGAGAGAACGCUGCUGACAUUGAUGGUCUUUUCCUCACUCAUAGUGUCAGCAGAAACUAUUGCUCAAAAGCAUGCCAUUGAAAUCUACAGCCUCCACGUGGACUGCAAGGUCACGUCACGAUUUGCUCACACCGUCAUCACCAGCAAAAUUGUCAACCGAGCUAAUGAGUCCAGAGAGGCAACUUUUGAAGUGGAGUUACCCAAGACAGCUUUCAUCACCAACUUCUCCAUGUCUAUUGACGGGAAAGUAUACCCAGGAAUAAUAAAGGAGAAAGUUUCUGCUCAGAAGGAAUAUGACACUGCAGUCUCGCGCGGGCAGAGCGCCGGCCUCGUCAAAAUCACGGACAGAAAACUGGAGCAGUUUCACGUGUCCGUCAGCGUUGCGGCCGCCAGCAAAGUCACUUUUGAGCUGAUGUACGAGGAGCUGCUGAAACGGCAGCUGGGCAAGUUCGAGCUGCUGCUCAAGGUCCGGCCGAAGCAGCUGGUUAAGCAUUUCCAGAUUGAUGUGCACAUCUUCGAACCCCAAGGCAUACGCUUCUUGGCGACGGACAGCACGUUCAUGACAAAUGAGUUAACUGAGGCGCUCACAAAAGUGCAGACCGAAACCAAGGCUCGCAUUUCAUUUAAGCCAACUGUAGAUCAACAGAAGAUAAAUCCUGAACUCGACGAAACCCUCCUCAACGGUGAUUUUGUUGUACGCUAUGAUGUUAAAAGAGGUGCCACCGCAGGUGUUAUACAGAUUGUCAAUGGCUAUUUUGUGCAUUACUUUGCACCCCAUGAAAUGCCGGUGUUUCCCAAAAAUGUCAUCUUCGUUAUAGAUCGAAGUGGCUCCAUGGCAGGCAGAAAAAUUGAGCAGACGAGGGAUGCCCUGCUGAAGAUUUUGCAAGACCUCCGUCCAGAAGACCGUUUCAGCUUUAUCACCUUUAACAGCAAAGUGGCGGAGUGGAAGAGCUCUUUGCUGCCAGCCACUGCGGAGCAUGUGGCGAGUGCUACGGGAUUCGUGCAAACUCUUUCUGCUGGUGGAGGCACAGACAUCAACCGUGCCCUGCUGACUGCCGUGAGCGUGCUGGAUAAAGCCGAGAGGCUGCCCGAACGGAGCGUCUCCAUGAUUAUUUUGCUGACAGACGGCCAGCCCACUUCUGGUGAGAGUAAUGUGGAAGUAAUUCAAGAAAACGUUCAGAAAGCAGUCAGUGGGAAAUGCGCUCUGUUCUGCCUCGGCUUCGGGUUUGAUGUCAGUUAUAAUUUCCUGGAGAAGAUGGCCCUAAGCAACGGGGGAAUAGCACGUCGUAUCUAUGAAAACGCUGACGCAGCCUUGCAGCUCCAGGGCUUUUAUCAAGAGGUGGCUACCCCAAUAUUAAUGAAAAUUGAAAUGCAGUAUCCAGAAAAUGCUGUUGAGAGAUUAACUAAGAACAAUUUUGAGCUGUUUUUUGAAGGAUCGGAAAUUGUAGUAUCUGGGAAAAUUAGCAAGGAGCUUGAUCUUUUGCCAGUAGAAAUUAAAGCUCAGUCGCAUGUUGGUGGCUUGACUCUUAAAGAAGAAGCAAACAUCAGAGAGAAGGAGCAAGUAUUUCAAAAUCAAAGUUACAUCUUUGGAAAUUUCAUAGAGAGACUGUGGGCUUACUUAACCAUUCAGCAGCUUCUGGAAAAAUCUGUUUCAGCACAAGAAGAGGAGCAGAAAGCCCUGGAGGCACGAGCCUUAGAGCUGUCCCUGCAGUACAGCUUCGUCACACCCCUCACGUCCAUGGUGGUCACCAAACCCACUGGCCAGCAGCAGAUGGAGCUGGCAAACAAACCCACCGAAGCUGAUAAUGAGAAGACCAGCAGUUUUCCAGUAGGAGCAUCUGUCAAAAAAGUAAGCGCAAGAUACUUUGGAGUGACUUCUGAGGAUGACUUAGAUGCUUACAGGCUGAGGAGUGGAUCACCUCCUGGUCGAUGGCGCGCUGAGCCCCAGUCCGGCAGCAACAAGAAGCUGUUGUCAGUAGUUGCCAGGGUAAGAGACAAAUUGAGAGCACAACCUCUUGCCAACGAAUAUCCACAGCUUCUCUUGCAAUUACCCAAACAAAAUGAAAUAAUCUGUUUAAAUACUGAUGGAAAAGCACAGCCUCCUGUCCACCUGCUGUCAGACCCGGAGCAAGGCCUCACGGUGACAGGGAAACUUGGAGACAGAGUGAAUCACUUUGUGCAGUUUGCAAUUAGCUAUGUGAAUCCCCCCACACAAAUCCAUGUCUCCACGGAUGAGAUCGUCCUAAGCCACAAUAACGGGAGCACUCGGCUGCCAUGGACGGAGUCAGCCACCUCCACCAUCCAGGGGCUGAGAGUCUCAGUUGAGAAGGAAAGGAGCGUUACAGCAUCGUUGUCUGAUGCGGUCACAGUAAAAAUUUCCUUGGUAAAGUUUCCAGAUGAUUUCCUUGGGCUGUAUUUCUUGAACACCGACCGCUUUUCUGACCAAGUCAGCGGAGUGCUGGGUCAGUUUUAUUCAAAAGUGCGAUUUGAGAACAAUUCCAACAUCAAUCAGCGAGCGGACGAAAGACUCCUAAGUGUGUCUGGAUCUGAGCACAAAGUUACCAGGCAAUACAAGAAAGAUUACAGGCUUGAGUCAGCCAGUGAUCCUGUUCCCUGCUGGUCGAUAGAUCUAACUCCCUAGAAAAGAGUAUUCUGGAACAGAAAACUAUGCAAAUGAUGCGCUUCCAAAUGUUUUUGAUACUUUGGCUCAUCAAGAAAACCACACAGUUAAAGCCUUACCUGUUACUAUAUACAAAUACCACAAAUAUUUUACCUUGAAAUAAUUAUAUCCAAGAUGAGUACAUGCUUGCUUGUUUGUUACUUUAAAAUGGUUUAUAAUACUCAAUGUGGUUAUGUCAUUGAAGAUUUGUAUGAAUGAACUGAAUAAAAUUGAUAAUUUCA